UACUUGAAGAUAUACAUCAACAGGAUAUUGUUGAUGAAGAAUCAUUACCUGAUAAUUUCUUCAAAGAUUCUAAUAAUUCAAAUGAUAAUUUCGAAGAUCAACUAUUUGAAUCAAAUGAACCUGGGUCUAUAGUAUCGAAUGAACCUAAACUUCUAAUGUCAAAUGAAUCUGAACUAUCAGUGUUAAAUGAACCUGAAUCUUUGAUAUCGAAUAAAUCUGAGCCUUCAAUAUUGGAUCAUUCUGAAUCUUCAUUGUUGAAUUCAGAAAAUAAUCGUAAUUUGCAACGAUUACCAUUACAAAAUAUCCAAAAUACACAAUCACAACAUCAACUUUCUCGUGAAUACGCCAAUAAAUCACUGAUUGAAUAUAGAAAUCGAAUGAAAGAUCAGAUGUUAAACAAAAAUAAACAUCCUCUUGAAUACUCUAUUAACGAUUAUGUAUGUAUUGCUAUUCUAAAAAUAGAUUGUAACAGCAUUGACCGGUAUACUUUACCUUGCAAAAUAAUUAGCGAAUUGCCAGACAAGAUCUUAAUGUUUGUCAAGAUAAAAUUAUUAACUUACACAAAGCAGCAAGAAUGCAAUCAGCAUCUACCGUAA